CGCGGAGUUAGGCGGCUCAGCUCCAUGCCGAGCCGGGGAGGGUGUGGGUUUGCAGCUAGGAGCCGGGGCAGGUGGACAGGGGAGGACAGGAGGUGGAGGGAGUGCAGGGCUGGGCGCGGAGGGCCAGAGAGGAAUCCCGGGGACUCGGACCCCAGUGGGAAAGAGGGAGAUUGAAGGUCCUGGGGGGAUCAGAGUCCCGGGAGCUGAGGGCACAGGGCACGGCAAGGGGUCACUGCAAGCCUUCCCGGGAUGCGGGGCACCCCUCGAGCGCUGGUCCUCUGGGCCGCACUGGGGGCGGCAGCGCACAUCGGACCCGCACCUGACCCCGAGGACUGGUGGAGCUACAAGGAUAAUCUCCAGGGAAACUUCGUGCCAGGGCCUCCGUUCUGGGGCCUGGUGAACGCAGCCUGGAGUCUGUGUGCUGUGGGGAAACGGCAGAGCCCCGUGGAUGUGGACCUGAAGAGGGUCCUUUAUGACCCCUUCCUGCCCCCGCUAAGACUCAGCACAGGAGGAGAGAAGCUCCGGGGAACACUGUACAACACCGGCCGCCACGUUUCCUUCCUGCCUGCAUCUCGGCCAGUGGUCAAUGUGUCUGGGGGUCCUCUCCUUUACAGCCACCGACUCAGUGAAUUGCGGCUGCUGUUUGGAGCUCGAGAUGGAGCGGGCUCUGAACACCAGAUCAAUCAUCAGGGCUUCUCUGCUGAGGUGCAGCUCAUUCACUUCAACCAGGAACUCUACGGAAAUCUUAGCACAGCCUCCCGUGGGCCCAAUGGCCUCGCCAUUCUCAGCCUUUUUGUCAAUGUGGCUGGUAGCUCAAACCCAUUCCUCAGUCGCCUUCUCAACCGAGAUACCAUCACCCGCAUCUCCUACAAGAAUGAUGCUUACUUUCUACAAGACCUGAGCCUGGAGCUUUUGUUCCCCGAAUCUUUUGGCUUCAUCACCUAUCAGGGCUCUCUCAGUACCCCACCAUGCUCGGAGACUGUCACCUGGAUCCUCAUCGACCGGCCCCUCAACAUCACCUCCCUCCAGAUGCACUCCCUGAGACUCCUGAGCCAGAAUCCUCCGUCCCAGAUCUUCCAGAGCCUCAGCGGGAAUGGCCGGCCCCUGCAGCCUUUGGCCCACAGGGCAUUGAGGGGCAACAGGGACCCCCGGCAUCCCGAAAGACGCUGCCGAGGCCCCAACUACCGCCUGCAUGUGGAUGGUACCCCUCAGGGUCGCUGAGAUUUCCCACCGACGACUGCGCCGCCUUUCCCGGACCUGUCUGCAAGGGGAGGGGAGUCACCCCAAAAACAAAGCUAUUAAAAAGACAAUACUUGCUCUUU